GGCCAUUUUGGGAAAAAGUCAACGCUAAUCCUGUUUGUUUUGGGGCAAGAGACGACACAUUUGGCAGUUUUCUGAUCAACGUAACGCGCGGAUUGAUCAACGAGGUAAAACUGGUCCAUUUGUCUGGAGGUGUAACUUGCAAGAAAGGACAAUUGAGCAAUUGGGGAUGUGGCGACGGUAAGUUGGUGUUCAAAAUUCCAAGUUAUGAUCCCUUUAUUUCAGCAAAGCUUAAGAUGAAGUUGACAACACCUAUCAACAUAACCGCUGGUCAAGAGUAUCGCUUGUGGUACGGCGAAGAUUUCAAAAAUGUUUCGGAAGGUGAUAACAGUGGUACUGCCUGUGUGGACGUCCACAUGUACGGACUGUAUUAAAAGCCCAUUGUGGUACUGCACG